CACCUAUAUAUUGAUAUUUUAACAACUGGAUUGUUUUUUAUCGGUACGUUCUGGAGCAACAGGCCCUUUAUGAACAUUCAGGGUUUUGAUUUUGCUCCAAAUGGAAAUGAGUUUGAUGCCCUGAUAUCUGGGAUAAAAACAAGAGAAUCCUGGACUAUUUUGAAUGUAAACAAGAAUAAAGAGUGAGAUAUUUGGUGGUGGAAUGAUGUCACACCGCCAGCGAAGGAAGACUCUGUGAUGUCACUGGCGAUGCAGGCUGUGAUGUCAUCAACUGUAGAAUUGUAUGCAACACAAUUCUGCAUAUUUUUCAUUGCUUGCAAUAACACUGACCAGUUCAGACGUUCGCGAAGCUCUUUCAGGUAAUUUACCAAUCGACAAUUUUACUGAUUGUAUUUAGGAGAAAAUGUCUCAUCACACACCGAGAUACCAGAGAGGAACGAUGGGACCCCAGGCGAGAAGGGGAGGCCAGGAAAACCGAGAAGGCAGGUUCCCUCCUGAACACCCGGAUGACUUACAUGAAGAAAUCCAAAGACUGAGCCGCCUUCUGGAAAUGGAGAGAGCCAGAAGGUUUGAAGAAAACCAAAGACUGGCCCACCUGGAGGAGGAACUGGAAGAGAUGAAACUCCAGUUGGAAAGACAGACAGAUGUCAAAGAGACGCUGAUCAGCCAGGCUGACAAUGCAAAGAUGGAACUGGAGAGACUGGAGAGAUACAGCGAUCCAGAAAUCAUUAAAGCUGUCAUCAUUGCUGCCCAGGCUUACAAGCAUGUAAAAGACAUGAAUAAGAAGUCAUUACAGCAGGAAUAUGUGGAUUUAAAGGUGGCCCACCUCCUCAGCCAGAAAGCACUGUUAGAUGAAAUACAUGAUGAGAAAGGGAAAAGUCAGGCACUCCAAGAAGAACUGGACCAACUGCAGACUUCCUACGAGGAGCUGAGCUCCGAGUACGAAGGAGACGAUGCUCUGCUGAGGCAGGAGGCCGAGAAACAAACAUUUAAUGAAGAACAGCUGAGAGAGGAACAACGACUCCUGGAGACCCUGAGAGCUGAGAAGGAAGACAUGUUCAAAGAAAUGUCCCAAAAGAUCGCAGUCCUGCAAGAGAGUGAGAAACAUUUGCAGGAAGAACUGAUUCAGCUCAGACAUUCAUAUGAUGAACUGAACUAUAAAUAUGAAAAUGAAGUUUCUGGACUAGAGGAAGACUUGGAAAUAUACCAACAGAAGAUCCAGCAGGAGGAAACGGCUCUUUCUAGAGAGAAGAAAGAGAAUCUCAUCCAUGAAAUUAACUAUACUGCACUACUAGAACGAGUGGAAAAACUUAAUUUUCAGUUAGUUCAGGACAGAAAAAGCCAAAUGAAGAAAUCAGAGGAGGACAAGGCACUACUAGAAAACCUGAGAGCUCAGAACGCCGUCCUCCAAGAAGACGCCAGGAAAGAGAUUAAAUUCCUGCAAGAGAGAGAAAAACUUCUGCACAAAGAAUUAAAUCAAAUCAGAGUUUCUUACAAUGAGCUCAACAGCAAAUACGAAAGAGACGUUUCUGGACUAACGCAAGAUGUGGAAAGAUUUCAGCAGGAGGUGAAACAAGAAAAAGAGGCCAGCUUAGAAAGAGAGAAAGAGAAUCUGCUGCUCAUCAUCCAGCUGAGAGCUGAGAAGGAGGAGCUCUCCCAGAAAACAUCAGGAGAAAUCACAAUCCUGCAGAAGAGGGAGGAGCAGAUGAUCCAUGAACUGGAUCAAGUUCAAGUUUCAUACGAGGAUCUAAAACGUAGAUAUGAAAGAGACGUCAUAGAUUUACAGCAACAGGUUGCAACAAACCAGCAGCAGAUAAAAGAUCAUCUGGAGAAAUCAGAGGAAGACAAGACUCUUCUUGGAGACCUGAGAGCCGAGUACACCAUCCUUAAAGAAAACACAACGGCACAGAUUAAAAUACUACAAGACCAGGAAAGGAGCGUCCAGGCUGAGCUGCAGAAGGUCAAAGGUUUGAACCUGGAGCUGAACUGUCAAUAUAAAACCGAAGUCACUGCAUUGAAACACCAAGCAGAACAAGACCAGCAGGAGAUCCGUUGUCUGAGAAAUAAUUUGGAGAGAGCAAGAGAGGAUCUACUGCAGCCCAACAGUCUGAGAGAUAAGGAAGAAGAUUUACACCUAAAACCCAUCAGAGUUUCCCAACAGAUGGAAGAAGACUCUCAGAACCAAGUGGACCCGAUCCUGAACCCUCAGGAGAGACAGAGAUCACUACAGAAACCAUCCUGGAGAUCUGGACCAUCCAGAUAUUAA